GGGUGGGAGGUGGGAGGCUUGUCUCGGCUGUGUUUCAUGCCACACAGUUUAUCAUUAGUGAUAGAUUAGGUUUUAGUCAAUACUCGAAGAUGACAUCCCUCAGGCAAAGAGAAGAUUUCAAACUCCGUGAUUUCCUAUGGAAAAAUGAGCUGGGGUGCUCUUUUCAGUCACUCUGAGCUUGCCUUUUUUGUCAGCCCACUAUGCAGGCUUUAAGGUUUCUUUUUUUUUCGCUUUUCUUCUGUGUAAAUAAAUGUUGCAUUGCAGCUUUUGAUGGAGACAGCUGGAGGCUGUAGGAAGACACAUGCCAGAGUGAAUCCCAGCCCCCUGAGACAACUGCAAGAGGCAGAGCCUCACGUGGCCAAGCGGCGCUCGUCACAGGCACGCCACCGGGCUGCGCUGGCAAAGCUCUUCAGCGGCUUGCAGGAGGCUGUUUUGUCCCGGUCAGGCAGUUCAGCCUCAAAGUAUCAGGUUUUGCGUAAGGCUAAGAAAUCUAUCCAGAAGCUGGAGCAGGCCUUGGGUUCUUUGCUGAAGAUGAAAGAAUCCUUCAGUCUGGAGGAUGGGAAUCCAUCCGGCUUGGAGGAAGUCAGGGAGGAAUAUGUCAAGAGGCACUUCAACAAUCACAGCACUGCAUCAGCCUCGGAAGCUGUAAGUGAGAGUGACUCUUCUGUCUGGUGUUUGAUUCAAGGAUGUGAAAAGCCAACACUGGAAGAGGAUGUGAAGCCAGAAUUGAUCCAGUCUUCAGACACUUCAUCCCCGGAUCUGGUGGAAUUUGAACGAUACCUGUACUUUUAUAAGCACACAGUGGACCUACUGAUAGAGCAUGGAGUUGUUUGCACUGAGGAGGUGCCUCUUCCUGAGGUAUCCACGGCUAUUUCCCACCUCUGGCAAGAGCUUUCUGAAGAAAGGAGAGACAGCAUCUUGCAGUACUGUAGCCAGAGAGAUUUCCUCAUGGAUCCUAAGGCUGCUUGCCAGGAGCCUGCAUGCACUGAAGGUAGUGUGAGGGACAGUCGAGGUAACAGUGAUUCCUCAGUCUCCACACCAGAGGAAGUAAUGUUUGAAGAUGCGUUUGAUGUUGCUGCUAGUUUCCUUGACAGAAGUGAGACUCAGGGAACGUCUAGCCAGAGUUCAGCAUUUGCAAGCUGCACUUCUGAAAAUCCAGAGGAUCACCGCAUACUCUAUCUGCAGAUCACUGACUUCCUAAAAAACCUCUUCUUCGCUAAUACACAGUUUUGCCAGGAAGAAGAUCUUCAGUUUGAUUAUGAGACUGUGAUGCUGAGGUGCACCGAGACCUUCGAUGAUGAAGAUUUCUAAACAGUAUCUCUGUUUGCUAACAUUUUGCCAAGCAUUUCUGGGUACACCAAGAGACUGCACCUCUUUCAGUGAAGCACCUCUCCGAGCAGAGUAUGGAGAUGCUGUGUUAAAGUGGUUUGUUAUGGUUAAUUUCCCACUCCCUCAUCAGUGCUUCUUGAUGUAUCAGUUAAGUAAUUUAUACCUUUGUUACAGGUUUUAGAUAUUUAUAAAAUGUUAAGAAA